GGGCAGGAGAUGGUGUAACAAAGGGCAGGGUGACAGCAGAGGGGCAGGCUGAGCUCAGGAUCUGAAGGCUGACAGACAUGAAGUGUGAGAACUGCACCAAAACGGAAUGCAGCAAGAAAAAGAAGAAAGAAGAGGGGGAGAACUCAGAACUUCAGGAAACCGCAUCGGGGCUGGGAGACGGAGACGAGAAAAGUGAAUUCCACCGUCUUGCCGACGCUCGCAUCUUCCUGAGCGACUGCCUGGCUUGCGGCAAUUGCGUGACGUCCGAGGAAGGCGCCCGUAUUUUCGCACAAAAACCAGAAGGAGCUCUUCAACGUCUUGAGCCUCAACAAGAGAUGUGACGCUUCGCUCCACAGGUUUGGUGGUGGCCUCCGUGAGUCCACAGUCCGUGCCUUACUUUGCCGUGAAGUUCCAUCUGUCCGUCUGUGAGGCGGCUAGAAAGCUCUGUGGGUUUUCUGAAAAGUUUAGGUGAGCUGUUGGCGCAGUACAGAUUGCACAAGACAUUUUUGCAUUUGCAAUUUUUAUUUAUUUUUUUCAAUUUU